AUGAUUAGGAAAAGGAAAUCUAAAAUAGGAGAUAAUGAACAAGAGGAUGGUAAAAAUGAAGAAGGAGAAGAAGCCAUUGAAAGCCUAUUUUUAUAUAAUAAAAAAGAUUCAGCAAUUAAAAGCAUAGAAGAAGUAUAUGAAAACACGGAGGAAAAUAAAAAUAAUGAGUAUUCAUCAAAUAAAGAUAUAUCAGGAAAUUUUAAUAUUGAUCAAAUGGAUGAUAGAAUGUACCAUGAGGAUGAAGAAGGAUAUAUAAAUAAUGAAUACGAUGAUUCUAUAGAAGCAAGAAAAUUAAAUACACUACAAAAAUUGAUUAUGGAAGAUAAUCAUACCGAUGAAAUGAAAUCUAAAACUAUCGAUGAACUGUUUGAUAAAUAUGAUAAAGAGAUUCAAAGCUUAAUAGAAAAUUUCGAACUCCUAAAGUUCUCACAAUUAUUCAAAAAUCCUUUCGCACCCAAUAUGAGUAGAGAUGAAAGAAUAGUUCGAAUUUUUUAUUAUUCAGGAUUUUCCUUUUUACCAUACUUAGGAUGGGUUAUAGCUUCCAUUUAUGCAUCUUUUUGCAAGGAAAAAUAUAAAAAAAACAUAGUGUCGAUUAGAGUUAUUUGUUCUAUUCAGUGUGCACUAGUUGGAUUUAUUAUUCUACUAAUAAUCGCAAUAAUUAAUUGGAAUAAUGAACAAGCAAUGUCAUGCAAAUAUGAAGGUAUUUCAUUUAAAAAGGAAUUAAUAAACGACAGCAAAUAUAAUAUUGUUUUCUUUGGUCCUAGAAGCACAGAUGAUUGGAUGGGUUCUGUAUUAGCAAAAAUUUCAAAGGAUCUUAAUUUUAACGUAUAUACAAUUAGCUAUCCAAAUCUUAAGAAUCAAAUAAUAAAAAGAAAGAAAAAUGUAUUUUUGAAAGAUGCGUUCUCUUGUGCAAAAUUAAAAUUAUCAAAUGUAAUCUUAUUCUCCUUUCAAAUAGAAAGCGCAUUAAAUUUUACUAUACCUUUUCUUGAAAAGAAUGAAAUACUUGGCUUUUUAGGUUUCUCUAAGAAAUUCCCAAAAAGUAAACCUACGAUACAAAUUAAGGAAAAAGAAAAUAUAAUUUAUUUCGCUCCAGUAGAAAAAAACUUAUAUGAUGUUUAUGUUUCUCUUACUUUGAGAUUGUGCCAAAAUAAAAAUCGGCAAAAAUACAACAUUAUGUAUAUAGUACACCACAGCUUUGAUAAAUAUCAAAUAAGAUGUUCAAAAAAGUUAGCAGAUGACUAUAGCAUAAAUGUAAAUAAUUUCAAUUUUAAUACAAUCGGUGAUGAAGAAAAAGGAACGAAAUAUAUUGAUGCUGAUUUUAAUGAAGUUAUAGAUGAUUUUUAUCAGUUCCUUGUUUUUAUUAGAGAUAUUAUUUCUCAGAAUAAUUUAGAAUUUUAUAGAAAAAUGUUGUGUAAUAAUAUCAUGUGUGAAUCAAAAGGAGCAAUAUGUGCUUUGUAA